AUGCCUGAGGAGUUGGAUGGUAAGUCUUUGUUAUUGAUUAUAGAAAUGCACUAUGCAAGUGCAGCCCACGCAGUGGGCGAGAGUCCAUUUUACCAGCUCACUUAAGGGUAGUGCCAGCAAUAUGACGUCUUCAUACACAGCGGGGCGACUACCUGCAUACAUAAAUCAACAUCAACAAAAUUAUAAUCCUCCAAGAAUGACUAUUGGCUCGCCCCAACGUGGCUAGGCCUCAAGGGAGGGUGCCAAUUUGGAAGAGCCAAUUUGAGGCAUUCUUUGCAGAUGUCAAUGCAGUUGUUGUUGAUGUCUGUAAGCAAGAAAUCGGCCAACUGAUGUCAUAUUGCUGAGUAUAUCUUUAAACCUUUGUUAGUGAAAUUACUAGUACUAAUGAAAGCAAUAUUAUAAGACGUUUUAAGAAACUAAAUAUUCUGCAGGCAUACAGCUUAUUACCCAAAAGGCUUGAGUCUCUCAUAAGCUCCACUUACCCUCGUAAGUCAUACAGGACACAGUCGUAGCUUGUAAGUGUUACUAGCUAUUAGCUUCUUGAAACAUCAUUCAGCAAUACGAGUUUAGGAGCUGCUCGAAAACCACUGCACCACAAUUUUUGAAAACUGCAAAUAUUAUAACAUUAUACACAUGGUUGUUGGUGUGUAUACACAUGGUUGUUGGUGUGUGUGUGUGUGUGUGUGUGUGUGUGUACGUGCAUGCGUGAGUGUCUCAGAGCUGCAGGUGGCCUUUAAGGAGUUUGACUACGAUGGGGAUGGCUUCCUGCAUUACAAGGACGUGGCCGACUGUAUGAGGACCAUGGGAUACAUGCCCACUGAGAUGGAGCUCAUAGAGAUUAUACAGCAGAUCAAGAUGAAAUGUGAGCGUGUGUGUUUGUGUGUGCGGAGGGGUUAGUGGUGUGUGUUGUGUGUGCGGGGGGGUUAGUGGUGUGUGUGUGUGUGUGUGUGUGUGUAGGUGUGUCAGAGGAGGCUGGUGGGAGGAGCUAUAGGAGGACGGGCUAAUUGUAAUGGCUGGAAUGGAAUUAUUGGAACAGAGUCAAACAUGUGGUUUCCAUAUGUUUGAUGUGUUUGAUACCGUUCCAUUUAUUCCAUUCCAGACAUUACAAUGAGCCCGUCCUCCUAUAGCUCCUCCCACCAGCCUCCUUUGGUGUGUGUGUGUCUAUGUGUGUGCGUGACGUGUUUGACUCAUGUCUCUCUCAGGGGUCCGUGCAUGUGUGUAUGAUUGAUGUCUCCCUCUAUGAAGUUAGAGGAGGGGGUAGUGUGUGUGCAUGUGUGACACGUGUGCGUGAGACUGUCUGUUUUUGAAGAUUGGGACAUUAUGUAUUUGAUUGAUGUCAGGUGGAAGGGUGCUUUGUGUGUGUGUGUGUGUGUGUGUGUGUGUGUGUGUGUGUGUGUGUGUGUGUGUGUGUGUGUGUGUGUGUGUGUGUGUAAUCUGAUGUCUCCCUCUCUGUAGGGGGCGGUCACGUGGACUUUGAUGAUUUCUGUACUGAGCUGAUGGGCCCUAGGAUGCUGGCUGAGACGGCUCACAUGAUGGGGAUGAGGGAGGUACGCAGUGCUUUCAAACAGGUGAGAGAAAGACACUAG